UCCGAAGUUUUUACCGCAUGUCCCGAAGAGACCAUUUUCCGUUUUCCUCUCCAAGUUGACUCCUUUCCUCGCUGCUCCAGCAAAAGGCAACAGCGUAAUCCCAGCGUAUUCUUCCUUCUCAUUAAUCACCCAGUAACCGACGCAAUUACGUCUAAACCCCGAUUCGUCGGCCCGAUCGAUCCCCAUUCCAUUCCCCACCCACAAACACCAGCGCAAGCCAAACCCUCUCGUCGUCUCUCAGGGUCGUCUCGUCUCCUUCUUGCCAGAUCUGUCGGUUUUUCUUUUUUGCUUCAUGAGGCAGGCAGGGUGUCGGAGCUAGGCUACGGGCGAAUCGAAGGUAGCCGGCGGUCCACGCUUUUAGCUGCCCUCGAGGAUGGGGCUGAUCUCGGGGAUGGUGAUGGGGGUGGUGGUCGGCGUAGCGAUCAUGGCCGGCUGGAGCCACUUGAUGCAGCGCCGCAGCAGGAAGCGCAUCGCCAAGGCAGCGGAUAUCAAGGUCCUCGGGUGUCUCGGCAGGGACGAGCUCAAGAAGCUCUGUGGUGACAAUUUCCCCGAGUGGAUAUCCUUCCCGCAGUAUGAACAGGUGAAAUGGCUGAACAAGCAUCUCAGCAAACUCUGGCCUUUUGUUUCACAAGCUGCAACUGCAGUUGUUAAGGAAUCUGUUGAGCCACUGCUAGAUGACUAUCGACCUCCAGGAAUAAAAUCUUUGAAGUUCAACAAAUUCUCUCUUGGAAAUGUGUCACCAAAGAUUGAAGGCAUUCGUAUCCAAAAUCUUCAGCCAGGCCAAAUCAUAAUGGAUAUAGAUUUCCGUUGGGGUGGCGAUCCAAGCAUAAUCCUUGCUGUUGAUGCUCGAGUUGCAUCGCUGCCUAUUCAGCUCAAGGAUCUUCAGGUCUUUACUGUUGUCCGUGUUGUGUUUCAACUAUCAGAAGUGAUCCCCUGCAUCUCUGCUGUUGUUGUUGCUCUCCUUGCAGAUCCAGAGCCAAAAAUACAGUACACAUUGAAGGCUAUUGGAGGAAGCCUGACUGCAAUUCCAGGACUUUCUGACAUGAUUGAUGAUACCGUCAAUUCAAUUGUCAAUGACAUGCUCAAGUGGCCACACAGGAUUGUUGUUCCACUUGGUGUCAAUGUUGAUACAAGUGAUCUCGAGCUUAAACCUGAGGGAAAACUUUAUGUUACUGUAGUGAAAGCAACAUCUCUCAAGAACAAGGAGCUGAUUGGUAAAUCAGAUCCCUAUGUGACAUUGUAUGUGCGUCCAAUCUUUAAGGUCAAAACGAAAGUCAUAGAUGACAACUUAAAUCCUGAAUGGAAUGAAACAUUUGAGCUGAUUGUUGAAGACAAGGAAACCCAAUCUGUCAUUUUUGAGGUUUAUGAUGAAGACAACCUUCAGCAAGACAAGAUGUUGGGUGUGGCCAAACUGCCAAUGAAUAACAUUGAGCCUGAGAGUCCCAGUGAAAUUACUCUGAAGCUUAUGCAGUCAUUAGAUUCACUUAAAAUUAAAGACUACAGGGAUAGAGGAACAUUACAUCUUAAGAUUAGGUAUCAUCCAUAUACCAAGGAAGAACAGCUGGAAGCCCUAGAGUCGGAAAAGAAAGCAAUAGAGGAGAGGAAGCGUCUAAAGGAGGCCGGGGUAAUUGGCAGCACAAUGGAUGCACUUGGUGGCGCUGCAUCAUUAGUUGGUUCAGGUGUUGGACUUGUGGGCACUGGCGUUGUUGGAGGUGUCGGGCUCGUGGGCUCAGGCCUCGGUGCCGGCGUCGGGCUUGUCGGUUCUGGUAUUGGUGCCGUCGGAAGUGGCCUUGGUAAAGCUGGGAAGUUCAUGGGGAGGACUGUGACAGGGCAUUUGGGCAUGUCCCGCAAGAACGGUAGCAGCAGCUCCACUGCUCCCCAGCCUGAUCAGCCUUCUACGUAACCUUGUCGUACAGCCAGAGCAGCGUGUCUUCUUUACUUCCGGUUUCAGUUUACUGUGAACCUGCGAGUACUUGGGAUCAUACAAAGUGUUACAUUUGCAUUUCAGUGUGCUGGAUCUGAGGCGCAACUCAUAUCAAUUAUUUCUUGGUUUCUUCGUUGUAUUUAUCUGAACAGCAUCGUUAUAUAGCAAACAGAUUACUGUAAAUUGGACGAACAGCUUUCACAGGUUUAUGCAACAGAACUGUAUUGAAGUGGCUCGUUGUCUUGA